AUGAUUAAUAUUAUCUUCAAAGAUUUUAAGAAGGAGAAAAUUUCACUUGAAUUGGAUCCUAGUUCUAGUGUUAAAGAUGCAAAGGUGAGACUGGCCACUGAGAAAAGCUGUGAAGAAUCUCAAAUUAAAUUGAUUUAUUCCGGUAAAGUUUUGCAAGAUGCUAAAAAUUUACAAGAAUCUGGAUUAAAAGAUGGUGAUCAAGUUAUCUUUAUGAUUUCUAAAAAGAAGGCAGCAACUCCAUCAGCAGCAGCAGCAACUCCUGCAAGUGCAAGUGUUACAGAACCAUCACAAUCGGCAACGACUAAUACUGAAACGCAGGCUGCUGGCAGUGCUGCUGAAACCACAGCUACAGCUCCUGCUCAACCUUCAACGACACAAGCACCUGUCUCUACUCCAGACUUUGUAGUGGGACAACAACGUAAUGAAACCGUUGAUCGUAUUAUGGAAAUGGGUUAUGAACGUGAUCAAGUGGAAAGAGCCCUUAGAGCUGCGUUCAACAAUCCUGACAGGGCUGUUGAAUACCUUUUAAUGGGCAUUCCUGAAAAUUUACAACGUGCUGGUGCUCGACAGCAACAACCUGAACAACAGGCUCAACAAGAAUCACAACCACAACAGGAAUCUCAACCGCAACAGGCUACUGAACCUCAAGAAGGUGAAGAUUUGUUUGCACAGGCAGAACAACGUACACAGGGUAACACAGCAUCUGCAGAAGGUGCAGCUGCCGCUGAUGGUGCACAAGGUGGUGUUCCAGGUUCUAUAGGCUUAACAAUGGAAGAUCUAUUAGCUCUAAGGCAAGUUGUUUCAGGAAAUCCGGAGGCAUUGGCUCCUCUAUUAGAAUCUCUAAGUUCCCGUUAUCCACAACUUCGUGAACAAAUUAUGUCGAAUCCUGAAGUAUUCGUUUCCAUGCUGUUAGAAGCUGUUGGUGAUAAUUUACAAGACGCCAUGACUGAUUUGGAAACGGGUGAUGAUCCUGAAGGUGCUGCAGCUGCCGCAGAAGGCGCAUUCCAAGUUGAACUCACUGAAAGUGAUGAACAAGCCAUAACACGUCUUUGUGAAUUAGGUUUUGAACGUGCCGUGGCAAUUCAAGUUUACUUUGCCUGUGGUAAAAAUGAAGAAAUUGCUGCAAAUAUGCUUUUGAACGAUUACGUCGAUUGA